ACAUUAUUUUGCAAUUGUGCAUAGGUUAAGACUCAAAGACCACGCUUUUGUACUAAUAAAUUACAACAAACUAUUUACAUUAUCCUUUUAUACAUCAUAGGUGUACGUAAUUAUUAAACAAUGAAAAAUUUGACAGUGACUCAACGUGCUGGUAGAUUUUUAGAAAGUUUAGGAAUUCAAAUUUCUAACGAUUCAAACAUAUUACACGCUGUUAAUUCAAUCAAUGAUGACUUUUAUUUAUUAUUGAAAAAUAAAAUAUAUAAAAUUCCUUCAAACUAUAAAGAAGAUGUAGUUUCAUUUGAUAUUGACGAAAAUUUAGAUUUUAUCGGAUUAGAAUAUUGCACUAUAUCUCAAGAAUUAUAUGGUGCUUGUAAAUCAGGCGAUAUUAUAAAAAUAAAUGAUUUUGCAUGUGAAUUAAAAAUUCAAUUAGAUGUAAAUUUACAAUGUAUGAAAUUAAGUCCAGAUCAUGAAAUAAUUGUAUUGGUUACUGCUAAUGAUGUUAUGAUUACAAUGGUAUCAACUUUUCAAAUAAUAGCAGAGGUUGAUUUGCAUGCACCAGAUGUUGGACAGAAGCAGUUUAUAACUGUUGGUUGGGGUAAAAAAGAAACUCAGUUUCAUGGUUCAGAAGGAAAGAAAGCUGCAGUAGCUAAACCAAUAGAACAAUGUGAAAAUGAUUCAGAUGAUGGAUUAUGUAGAAUAACUUGGCGUGAAGAUGGUUCAUUAUUUGCUGUUGGUUUCUUACAUUAUGAAAAUAAAAUGAGGCAGUUCAAAGUAUUUAACAGAGAGGGUAUUUUACAAUACACAAGUGAACAAAUUAAUGGUUUAGGAGAACCAUUAUCAUGGAAACCAUCUGGUAGCUUAAUUGCAACAACACAGAAUUUGUGCAAUAAAUAUGUUGUUGCAUUAUUUGAAAAGAAUGGCUUGAAACAUAGAGAACUAGUACUUCCAUAUAAAGCAAAAGGAAUGAGAGUAAAGGAUUUAUUUUGGUCUCCAGAUUCAGAAAUUCUAACUAUUUGGAGUCAAAUGGAAGAAGAUUCUUCUUCAGUAGUACAAUUGUGGUCUGAAAAUAAUUAUCACUGGUAUCUAAAACAGUCAAUUAAAUUUCCCAUUGAUAAUUCACUGAUCUGUGCAACAUGGUGUACAGCAUCAUCUUUGAAAAAGCUGAUCCUUCUAACAUACAAAGAGUUUAUUGUUUAUGAUUAUAAUUGGGCUGUUCAUCAUAGUAAAGGCAAAAGUGUAAAUGACAAAUCCGUUGUUGGUGUAAUUGAUGGAAAUAAAUUAUUAGUAACUGGAUUUAGAGUAGGCAUAGUGCCCCCACCACUAGCACAUCAAACUUUGGAAACUUCUGAAUGCAUAAAUGCUAUUGUUUUUGCACCAGAUGUAAAAACUGAAGAUACCUGGAUUAACAGUAAUACACUGUUUUGUGUUUCUGACACUAAUAAAUUGGUAUUUUACAAGCAUAUAACUGAUGCCUGUCUGUUGGAGUAUGAAUAUAUUGGAUCAUAUGAUAUUAGAUGGAACAAUACAACGAAGUAUAAAAAUUGUUUAUAUAAUAUGCAUCAUUUUUUGUGGGUUGAUGAAAAUAACAUUUUAUGUUCACUAUCAAUGAACAACCAAAGCUUGCUUUGUAUUAUAACAUUAAAUGCAAUAAAUGAUCAAGGCCGAGAACAAGUAAUAGUGAGACAAACACAUAUUAUGGAAGGUUUAAUUCAACAUAUUAUUCCAUCUCCUGAUCCAAAAGAAGCAUAUAUAAUUGUAGAAAAUUCUGUUAUAAAAUAUACAGAAGCAGGAAUAAUUCCAAUUGACAUACGAUUACAGGGCUAUAUUUAUAAAGUAGAAGUUGUGAAAAUUGGUACUAAACACAUUUUUUUAUCAUUAUAUCACAGAAACUGCUUUUCAAUUAAUGGAAAACAAAUUGCUAACAACAUUACAAGCUUCUUCGUGCAUUCCGAAUUCUUGCUUCUCACAACUGCACAACAUACAUUAAUAUGUGUUAAUUUGAGUGAAGAUGACUUCGAAGAAUUAACUAAGCAGAAUUUGACUAUCAAACCAUGGGAAAAUAAAAAGCCAGAAGAAACAUCAUUUACAAAUCUAAACAUAAGACGUCUAGAGAGAGGAUCUCAAUUAAUAAUAUCAGUUCCAAAAGAUUCAAGAACUAUUUUACAAAUGCCCCGUGGAAACUUGGAAUGUAUACAACCACGAGCAUUGUCUCUGUAUAUAAUCGGAUUUUAUUUAGACAAUUAUAAUUAUCUGCUAGCAUUUGACUUGAUGCGCAAGCAACGAAUAAACUUGAAUUUAAUUUAUGAUCAUGAUCCAAAGAAAUUUAUCGAAAAUGCAAAUAAAUUUGUGGACCAAGUUUCUAAGCCAAACUGGUUAAAUUUAUUAUUGUCAGAAUUAACAGACGAAGAUGUUACUACAACGAUAUAUGCAAAUUAUUAUCGAAGAGAUCAGUCGAAAUCAGAUAUUUCGACGAAUAAAAUUGAGGUAGUUUGCGAUUUAUUACGACAUAUUAUGGAAGAGAGGAAUAAAGAUAAUCGUCUAAUUCAACCGAUAUUGAUUAGCUUAGUUAAAAAUAAAAAUAAGCAAGGAAUAGAAGGUGCACUGACUAAGAUAAAUGAAAUUAGAAAAUUAGAAAACUCUGUAAAGAGCGAAGACUGUAUCACAUCUGAUGAAGCAUUGAAGUAUUUAUUAUACAUAGUGGAUGUGAAUGUAUUGUUUGAUAUAGCUUUGGGAAUGUAUGAUUUUGAUUUGACAAUGUUCAUUGCAUCUAAAUCACAAAAAGAUCCUAAGGAAUAUAUUCCCUUUUUGAAUAAUUUGAAGAAACUUGAUGAUAAUUACAUGAAAUAUUCUAUCGAUUUGCAUUUGAAGCGUUACGACUCUGCACUUAAACACAUUGCCAAAGAAUCGAAUAAAUUCAAUGAAUGUGUAAAUUUGAUACGUAAUCAUGAUUUAUAUACAAAAGCUUUAAAACUGUUUGGAAAGGAUACUGAACAGUACAAGGAAAUAGCUAGAAUGAACGGAGAAUUUUUACAAAAACAGAGACAAUAUCAUGAAGCUGGAAUUAUGUUCCAUAGAAGCGGCGAUUUUAAGAAAGCCUUAAAUGCUUAUACAUUAGCCGGUAGCUGGCAAGAUGUUAUUAUUCUGUCCACCCAUAUGAAAUUAAGCGAAACAGAGAAACGUACGUAUUAUAAGGAUAUGGUAGAACAUCUGAAAAUGAAUAAAAGAUACGAGGAAGCUGCUCACAUUUUAACAACAUACUUGAAAGAUCCAACAGAAGCAGUGAUUGCUUUAUGCAGUGGCAAACGUUGGAAGGAUGCUGUUAGAAUUGCUUAUGACACUCAAAAUUUAGAUUUAAUUGAAUUGCAUGUGAAAUCGAGCGUACACGAACAUGCAAACUACACAGUAUAUCAGAUACAAAAAAAUAAACAAGAUUUUGAGCAAUAUAAAGCGCGUCUGGCUAUAGUGAGAGAUAAUAUUUCUCAACGAAAUAUGAAAUCAUAUAAUGACAUAUCUGACAAUGAAUUGAUAUAUAAUAAUAAAGGUAUUUCCGAUAUUCUUAGCGAUACAAGUAGCGUUGCUAGUUCAACUUCAAGUCAAAAGUCAAAAUUUUCUACUUUAUCUGGAAGGAGUUAUAGAUCAAGUAAAAACCGUAGGAAACAAGAAAGAAAAUUUUUAAAUUUAAAAGAAGGCAGUACUUUUGAAGAUUUAGCAUUAAUACAAGCUUUAUAUCAAAUUGUCAGUAAUACAUACAAAGAAAGAGAUGAGUUACAUGAGUUAAUUCAAAUGCUUCUAUAUUUCGAUGAUGACGAAUAUGCAGAGAAAGUGCAGAAUUGUAUGGAACAAUUUCUUGUAGCUAUAGAUAAAAGUAAAUCUGAAAUUUGGAAUAAAUCUGCACCUUCGAGCCUAAUAGAAAUGGAAAACAUGGAACUUACAACAUUAUCUGAAGUGCAGGGAUUAUCUGCAUGUCAAAAAUUAAUUGAACCUUACGUUUUACGCCCGCCGGUGCCUAGUUCCUUAUCUUGGAAACUAAAUAUAUUUUAAUUUUGAUUACAAUAAAUUUUUUGUAAAGUA